ACAACAUGUGAUCAGGUGGCGAGGCGAUAAGACGUCAGAAUGUGCAGAGUUCUGAUCGCCGCGGUCGCCCUUACAUGUACGUUAUCACACGACCUAAUGUGCAUUUUGUUGUUGAGUGGAAUGCAAAAGGAACACUUGGACGGUAAUUUGUUGACAAAACUGCAACGACACAACGUAAACAUCGAGGAUAUGAACAAUGCAAAAUUACUGCAAGCUUGCGUACAAUCAAGGGAUAACAAUAGCGACGAUAAAUUUACAAACAUAACAGAAACUCAACCAUUCAAUCAAAUAAAAAGUAAGUCGAUCUUUCUUUCUAAUUAACUACAUAUUUAGGAAAGUUUAGACAGCGGUUUAUAAGUUAAACUAUUUUACAGAUGCUUUAAUA